AUUGAGGAGGUACUAGCUGUCAUGUUUUCAGGUUCUACAAAGCCAACCCAAGAUGAUUAUGCCCGUGCUCUAUUGCUUGUGCGCCGCAAUGUUGUUGCUAAGGCACUCCAGGUCUUGAUACUCAAUCAUUUUGACUAUAAUGAUGUUGUAUUUUCAUCAGCUAAUCUGGAUAGCUAUGCUGAUAAUGUUCCAAUUGUUACUGUUGAAUAUUUCCAGAAAGGUUCUAAUAGAAAUGCUGAAGGGGUUAGUGUACAUGAUGAUUUGAAUGAUGAUGGUACUGAGGAAGGUACUUGUGUCUUCACUGUUCAUGGAAUAGUUGGUCCUUCAAUAAAAAAUAUGACAAGGGACCAAAUGAUUGGUAUUGCAGCUAUGCAUCUUGAUAAUGAAGGCAAAUUUAUGCGCACAUCACAUGCUGAAAAUCCAGAAAGUCUGUGGAAUAAUCCUCAAUUGUAUCCAAAAAUGUUU